GCAUCAUUCUGGGCCAUGCCCUAAUGGUCGAAGGUUCGUUGGGCAUAUAACCGAAUGUCCUCUCCCAACAGGCUCGUAACCUUAUUUUCCUGUUUCGUGUUCGGCCAUUAGUGAUGUUUUAUGUGAUAAUAACUCUGUUAAGGUAUUUUUAAGAGAUACGACAGUGUUUCUUUAGCCCUGACGAAAACAACCUAUUAACAUGGCUUCAGAAAAUCCCGAGAGCAGUUUGAGGGAAUGCAAAGAAAAAUCCCUGGAGGCUUUGUCAGUGUCUGUCGAAGAAGGAGGUGUAACGAGAAAAGUGCCAGCUUUGAGCUCAUAUUUUGCUAGCAAUCGUCAAAUGACUUGUUUCAUUACUCCACCUAAACCGAAUGAUGAUGGUGCCUUUGUUCUUGGGGCGAAGGAUAGCUGGCUUAGUAAAACAAAUAUAUUUAAAGAAAAUAUGCAGUGGCUGCUGACUUUACCUCAUCACAGGUUUUGGUCUCAAAUAAUAUACGGGAAAGAUUCGUGGGAUUCUGUGAUAACAUUUUUACAAGAAGCCUAUCCUUAUUACAUCCUCGAUAGCCUGCCACAAGAUCCAGAUAUAAAGCAAAUGUAUUUCCAGAUUUAUUUCCUAGUUUUUCGUAUAAUCAAAAGAGCAACGACUCGGAAGGAAUCUGAGGCACAUUGGAUUGGUGCUAAAAAGUUUGGAAGCUUACUGUACAAUUAUACCAUUGUCUCAUUUCCAAUUCUUCUUGAUGUCUGUGUUGUAUAUGGAGAAAGCUUCAAGGAUGAAGUCCACAACAUUAUAAACAAAGUUUUUAAAGCUCAGCCAAUGUACAAAGAAGACCUUAAUAACUUAGUUCAGCCAAUAAAAACAAUUUUUCAAUCGCUUGAAGACUUAUUUCCGGAGCGUUCUUGUGUGCCUGGCGAGUUGACAAAACUAAGUGAUAGAAGAGUUCCUGGGCUCGAUAUGCCAAUGUCAAAAAUACAAGAUGUGAUUUUGUACUUGCUUGAUGUCUCUGCUAGUCUUUCUACUUUUAUUAAUUUUUAUCCUGAUGCCGCAAAUAUACUGCAUCAACACAAAUUCGAACUUAACAUUUCCACUUUGUACGAUGAUGUAAUACCGUCUGUUACUAACGUGGUAAAAAAUCAAUGCUUUAAUGAUGAUAAAAUGAGUACGUAUUUUAAUUUAAUGCUAAAGAUAAACCACACCAGGUAUUUUUUAAUAACGUUGUUUCAUCAGUGUUUGGAACCUAUUCUCAAUUCGAUAUUAUUGAAAAGUAGUGAUGCCAGAGAUCCAGAUUUGACUAGGCUUUGUAACAAUUUUAUAGAUACUUUGUCAAAUUCUUUUAUCCACUCCAUUUUUAUCACUGAUUACAAUAAUAAAUUUGCGAUUGAAUCUGAUUUUGAAAUGAUAUCACAGAUUUGUCCAGAAUUAGACCAUGAGAAAUUAAACUUUCUAAAGCAUUCGCUAUUGAAAACUUGCGCUGCUCCACAUAGUACCGUCCCACCAGCAGAAGCUAUGCCGUCAACAAGCCAGUCAACUCAACCAGUCAAAACUGAUGCAUAUGCAAAUAACUCACCAAAGCCUAAAGAUAACCAGUUAGCAGUAUUAAUAGAAGAAGUGAAAGAUAUAUUACCUCAACUCGGCGAUGGAUUUAUCGAGAGGUGCUUAGUAUAUUACAAAUAUUCAAGUGCGGAUGUGAUAAAUGCUAUAUUAGAAGACUCCUUGCCACCGUCGUUGCAGUCCCUUGAUAGGGAAUUGCCUUAUAUACCUCCUGAACUUGAAAAUGAAAUUCAAAAGGAGGCUGUGCCAACUGUGAAUAUUUUAGAUUUUAAUGCAUUUAAUGAAAAACCUCCAGGUGAAGAAAUGACAGGUUAUCGCAAAAAAAGGGACGAUAACAAAUCAUUUAAAGAUUUAAUCGAUGAUAAGUCAUUUAGGGAAGAAUUCAGAAACAGAUUUUCAGAAUUAGGAAUUAUUGAAACAUUAGUUGAUAUAUAUGAUGAUGAAUAUGAUGAUAUGUAUGACGGUGAGGUUGAUGUCCAAGAAGUAGGAGAAUUAGAUCGAAAAUUUGUCACUCCCCGAGUGCUAGAACAAAGAGCAGAAAGAUCGUCUUCGGAAUCUGAUGACGAAGAGGUAGAAGAGGAUGAAAAUCAAAGAAGAACGACUUAUCUAAAUUUUGUCGAAAACCCAGAAGAUGUAAGAGCAAGGUAUGAACAGAGAAGGGCUUCGAAGACUCUCAAACAUCCGCAUCCUCCAAGAAAUGUAGCAGGCGAUUCGAAAGACACGGAUGUACUGAGAAGCCGUAAUAACAAAACUGUCCACAAGUCAUCCUAUGCCAACCACAAUCGCAAAAAAGGUGCUAAAAAUAAGAGGGCGCAUGGCCUACUACCAUCCUAAUUCCAAAAUUACAAUGAAAGAAAAGCAAGUGCCUGCAUUUUAUUAUUACAAAAACAACAUGUCAUGUAAAAAGUAUUUUUAUUGUUCGUUCUUUUACGGAUGAAAAGUUUUGUAUUUUUUUAAAUAUUUUGUUUGUGAAAGAAAAAAUCACUAUUUUCUAAUAAUCUCAUUUUCUGAGUUACUUCUAAAUAUGUUUUGUCUUAUUUAAAAUUUAUUUCAAAGGCUGUGAUUUAAAUCUACUUUGUGAAAUAAAUACAAAUAAAAAUAAUGGGUGUAAUUGACCACUGGAUUUGUAUAUAAAAUUUUGUUUAAUACAACCAGUGGCAAAGUGU